CUAAGAUUAAUUCUCACAAAAAAAAAGUAGCAGGGAAUCAAUGGCAAUGUCUUUUCCAGCUCAAUCCCCCCUCUUCUCCUCAUGCUCACUGCUCAUGACUCUCCUCUUUGCAUACUCUGCAUCUGUUCAACUAGAUGACCCAGAUUGGUACUUUUGGCUCCCACUGUAUGCUGUUGCCUCUGCGGUUAAUCUUUCCCAAGCACUCAGUUUCCAGUCCAAAGUCCUUGCCCAGGUGAGUGAGUUUGCACUGUGGGGUGGAGUAUUCUUGUUGCUCAAAGUGGUUUGUGAAGCUUGUCAUGUUGAUGGAGUGGGUGGGUUGUGGUCUAUGGACAUGAGGGAAAGGGUUGUGAGGGAGAAAAUUGGGAGUGGGUUAGUGGUCAUCUCCAUGAUCCUUUACUUAAAAGCUACUUCUCAUGCUUCCAAAGUGCCCAAAAGAGGAAAGAGUGAACAAGCUCCAACAUCUCUUGGUUAUGGUAAGGGAAUGGCGAUUCUUGUAGCUGUGAGCUUCGGACUGUCGUUCUAUUUCUUCCUAUCUGUUAAGGAGCAAAUGAGGUUCUGAGUGAAAGAUUGCGCAAAGAGAUAUCAUCAGGUCUACAAUGUAAAGAAUUAGAAGUGAUAUUUCGGAAAGUCUUAAAUUAUUUUGGUUUGGUAAGCAUGUAAUUAAGUGGUGGUUGUAGCUACAACCUGUCACUUGUAUAUUAUACUGUGAUUGUAGGAUCAGACUAAUGUUAUC